AUGAGGAAGAUGAAUGCACUUCUGAAACAAGGCCGUAAAUUUGUUGAAGAUAACGCUUUGCUUAAGAUCAUCCAAUCUGAAAUUCGUCACGAAAUCUCACACCCUCGUUUCCAGGACGUUGAGACUGGUUCUUUAGGAGAUUUCAAAUUGGAUUGGGAUUCUCCGAUAAGCCGAGAUAUUGUUCUGAGGAGACAAUUUGAUUCAGGCGAGGAGGUUGUGGUUUCGGCUUUACUACGACAGGAACCAGUAGCUGAAGAACAUGUUGUAGCGUUUCCUAGGGAUGCUCUAGCUAAAGUAUGUAUCAAAAAGCCUGGAAUCAGCUCUGUUCUGCAGUUUGAUUGCCAGGUUUUUGAAACCAAACGCGGGAGUUCUGUUUUCGAAAUCGACAGAACGUGUUUGAUCCGCUCUCUAGUUUCUGCUCGGUCUUUGACUUACGAAGAGCAAGAUUUCAGGUAA